GUUUUCAGCUAUUCAUUUACAUCAUCGUUAUUCCCCUAAAUCAAUCCUCCCAGCUUGUCUUACAAAAGAAACCACGGUCUUUUUCCUGAAGCCUCCUCAUCCGCCUCUCAGUCACACCAUGAGCGUCAGCGAAAACCGAAACAUCGUUAUCGUAGGAGUCGGUUCCCUCAUGUCCAAAUCCCUUGCCAUCUGGCUCGCAAGUCUGGGAUGGAACAUCGCCUUGGUGUCCCGCUCCGAGAAGAGCCUGUCCGCCAUCACCGACGAGGUGCACCGGGCCCAGAAAGGCAAAGAUGCCAAAGUCAUCUACCGGGCUGCCAAUGCUGGUGAGCCCGCAAUCUUGAAGGCUACGCUUGACUGGUGUGUCCGGGAACUAGGAGGCAAGUUAGAUGUUCUGAGCUACAAUGCGGCCCGAGUCGCCAUGACGGAUAUCACCGAAACUGCGCCUGAGGAGCUGGAGAAAGACUUUAGGGUUUCAGCCGUGGGUACUCUGGUGGCCGGUCAGUGGUUUUCCGAGGGCAACGCCAGGGUCGAUCGUAUUGCAGAGAGCGAAUGGCCGCUUUUUCUCGUCACCGGGGGCAUCCUGGACAAGGAACCGGAACCGGUUUUCGGCUCGCUUUCCUGUGCCAAAGCGGCUUCACAGACACUUAGCCGCUUGUUCGCCAAGGUCUUGCCUGACAAGGCCAACAUUCUGGUGGGUAUGCCACUGAUUGCUGGACGGGUUGUCAGUCCGACGAGCGAGGAAUAUCACCCAGAUUUCGACGCGGAUAAAGUGAUUACUACAGUUUUCAAGCCAUUCUUCGAGGACCGUGAGAAUCGACGGGAUGGAAAGCAGGGCUGGAUAGUGGAGAGGGCAUAUUAGAUUUGGUCCCCGGGGCAGCAAGAACGCGGAAGGGCAUUAUCCGGCGAAUUUUCCGCCACCCCGCCGACAGAAUGAAACCAUGACAUCGUAC